AACCAGCCCAACGGAAACACCAAAAAUGGCCAUGGUUCCUACGAAAAUGGGGUGCAUGUUAAUGGUAACAAUGGCCACAUCACCCACGGUCAUUCCGAAAACCAAACGAACAAUAGCUUCAAGCCCAUUGCAAUCUGUGGCAUGGCCUGCCGACUCCCUGGCAGCAUUCAAUCACCUGAACAAUUGUGGGAAUUCCUUCUGAGCAAAGGUGAUGCUCGUUCGCGAAUUCCAGAGUCACGUUAUAAUGUCGACGCCUAUUAUUCUUCGAUGGACAAGCCAGGCUCCACCAAGACGCAGCACGGGUACUUUCUUGAUAAUGACCUCAGCCUGUUUGACAGCUCUUCUUUCACUAUGUCACCAAUGGAACUCGCCCGGUGCGACCCGCAGCAGCGCCUAAUGCUUGAAGUCGCUCGCGAAUGCAUUGAAGAUGCCGGCGAGACCGAGUGGAAGGGGCGUCGCAUCGGGGUGUACGUGGGCAAUUUUGGAGACGAUUGGAAUGAAAUGCUAGAUCGCGAUAUUCAGCAAUAUGGAGUAUAUCGCGUUGCAGGCUCAGGUGACUUUGCGCUUGCAAAUCGUGUCUCCUAUGAAAUGGAUUUAAGAGGACCGAGUAUGACCAUCCGAACUGCAUGCUCAUCCUCAUUGGUGAGCUUAAAUGAGGCUUGUCUUGCCAUUGCACGAGGUGACUGCUCAUCUGCUAUUGUUGGUGGAACAAGUUUGAUUUUGACACCCAGUAUGACGAUUAAGUUGUCAGAGCAGGGUGUCCUAUCGGCGGAUGGAUCUUGUAAAACCUUCUCGGCCAGUGCCAAUGGCUAUGGUCGUGGGGAGGCCAUCAAUGGUUUAUACAUCAAGCCUUUGGCCGAUGCUCUAAGAGAUGGAAAUCCUGUUAGGGCUGUAAUCAGGGCUACAGCCACAAAUCACGAUGGUAAAACGCCUGGAAUGACAUACCCAAGUGCCGAAGCCCAGGAAGCCUUGAUCAGGCAUGCAUACGGAAUCGCAGGUAUUGCUGAUUUCUCUGACACUACAUUCGUGGAGUGCCAUGGAACCGGAACUUACGUUGGAGAUCCGAUUGAAACCAAAGCCGUUACCAAAGUGUUCGGCCAUAAUGGAAUAUACAUUGGCUCCGUCAAGCCUAAUCUGGGUCACUCUGAGGGCGCAUCCGGCCUCACCUCCGUCAUCAAGGCAGUUCUCGCCCUUGAGAAUCGAACCAUUCCACCGAACAUCAAGCUUGGUCUGCCGAAUCCAAAUAUCCCUUUCGAGUCGGCAAAAUUGACUGUUCCUGUGGAGCCAACUCCAUGGCCAAAGUCAUCUGCGGAGAGAGUUUCUGUUAAUUCCUUUGGCAUUGGCGGUAACAAUGCCCAUGUAAUUUUGGACUCUGCAGCAAGCCAUCAUGCAUCUACUGAACUCAAAGAAGCAUCUGACACCCCACAGUUGCUCUUAUACUCUGCCAACUCUCCAGAGUCAUUGCAAAAAGUGAUAGAGAACUAUACUACCUACCUCAGCCGCUAUCCUGAGCGUAUUGAGGAUCUCGCCUUCACCCUGGCCAAUCGACGUCAGCAUUUGUCACAUCGAUCCUUUGCGGUGGCCAGUCGGGAAAAGCCCGGUACACCUGCCCCGCUAGCUAAGCCUACUCAGCCCUCCAACUUGAUCAUGGUCUUCACUGGGCAGGGCGCUCAAUGGCCACAGAUGGGACGAGCUCUCUUGCGGUCCAAUCCUGUUUUUAAAGCCAGCAUCCAGGAAUCGGACAAGCACUUGAAAGGGCUUGGGGAGGAAGGGCCUGAUUGGACAAUCGAAGCUGAGUUGCGCAAGCCCGCAAAAACCAGUCGACUGGGCACCGCAGAACUGUCACAGCCUCUCUGUACGGCCCUUCAAAUUGGUCUCGUGGAUAGUCUAGCAGCGAUUGGAAUCGUGCCGAAUGCAGUAGUCGGUCACUCGAGUGGUGAAAUCGCAGCGGCAUAUGCAUCUGGUGCUCUAACAGCACAAGAGGCCAUCACGGCUGCCUUCCACCGCGGCCUGGUUGCUAAGAAACAAUCUCGACCAGGAGCAAUGGCAGCUAUCGGAAUGGGCUGGGCAGAGGUGAAACCUUUUUUGAUCCCAACAGUAGAUGUGGCCUGCGAGAAUUCACCUAAAAGCGUGACCCUCUCUGGAGAUGCUGAAAAAGUCAAGGACGUUGUUGCCGCAAUCCAGAAAGCACGCCCAGAAGUGCUGGCACGUCUGCUCAAGGUCGAGAAGGCCUAUCAUUCGUACCACAUGGCGGAGGUUGGAGAGGAUUAUUACCGCCUCGUGGGACCAAAGAUGAUCGGGCGCUCUCCCUCCAAGCUGUUUUUCUCUAGUGUCACAGGAAAGCUUCUGGGAGAGGGUGAGGCAUUGGGAGCCAAGUACUGGCAGAAGAACCUAGAGUCUCCAGUGCUAUUCUCUAGUGCUGUAUCCCGCAUUGCAGAACAUCCCGUUGGAAAGAAUGCUGUCUUCCUAGAGGUUGGCCCACAUUCAGCUCUGGCCGGUCCCCUUCGCCAGAUUCUGGCCGCAAAUGCAAGCUCAGGAGCAUACGUGGCGGCAAUGGUGCGUGGAGAGAACUGCACCGAGGCGUUCUUGUCCGCCGUUGGCAAAUUAUACACGCUACACAUUCAAAUUGACUUCAAGAAAAUGAUGCCAGAAGGGGUUUCUCUUCCAGGUUUACCGCAGUACCCUUGGAAUCAUCAGAAAAGCCAUUGGCAUGAAAACCGCGUCACUCGAGAGUGGCGGCAUCGCCAGCACCCCUACCAUGAUCUUCUCGGCGUGCGGGCCCUAGAAAGCGCUGAGUUUACACCAGUUUGGCGCAAUGUAUUUCACAUCGACAAUGCGCCAUGGGUACGGGAUCAUAAGGUCGGCGGUGAUAUUGUUUUCCCUUUUGCCGCCUAUGUAGCAAUGGCUGGAGAGGCAGUGCGCCAGGUCAGCGGUGUUCAAGAGGGUUUCACUGUUCGGAACGUUGAAGCUAUCACCGCCCUCGUAAUUGCUGAGGGAACUCCCGUGGAGCUCGUGACAGCAUUCCAGCGUCAUGAGGUUGAUAAAGAUUGGUGGAAAUUCACCAUCGGUUCCCACAAUGGGCAUGUUUGGACAAGACAUUGCGCUGGCGAUGUCACCUCUUUGCAACAGUCUUUGGGAUCCAGUGCAGUCAUUGAAGAGCUCCCUCGAAAAAUUGCCGCCUCGAGCUGGUAUGAUGUUCUGCGUCGCGCUGGGCUUGAUUUUGGGCCGCGCUUUCAGUGUCUCGAUGAUAUGCGAGCGUCAACCACCGGGAUUCCAGGCCGUUCAACUGCGACCAUCUACAACAAGAUGCAAGGCGACGAAGGCAUGUAUCAUCAGCAUCCCGUGGCUAUCGAUGCUGCUUUGCACCUGACGGUGUGUGCUGCCGCAUACGGUAUCGGCCUAAAGCAUCGCAACAAUGUCGCAACGGGUGUGGGACAGAUGAGCAUCUUGCGCAGUUCGGAAAAUGUCCUCGUUGCCACUGGAUCAGGAUCCUUCACAAGGAAUGGCUCGGUACGUGGCAGUGGAUACUGCCUGGCAGAAAGCAAAGUGGUUAUGCGCAUGUCCGGAGUAAAACACAACAUUCUGGAGGCUCCUCAGGGCGAGGAUUUGCAUGCUGCAGCUUAUCUAAAGUGGAAGCCUCACAUCGACUUUAUUGAUACUCAGAAGCUGAUCAAACUCUCUUUUGAUAAGGCUGUGUACAUGUCAACGCUGAACGAGCUGGCUCAGCUGUGCAUGUUGCGCUCGUGGAUAUCCAUCUCAUCUUUCAAGCCCACAGUGCCUCACUUGGAGAAAUAUAAGGCCUGGUUGGAAUUACAAAUUAGCUCGAUGAAGCCUUCAUCGCAGGCUUGGAGAGCUCUAGAUGACCAGAGUCUUCGUGAGAGAAUCGAGCGGCGAGUGGAACAUUUGUCGGGGACCCCAGCCGAUCCUGUAGCUCGCGCCCUUCUCGCCGUGAACCUUGAGGUGGACAGCGUAUUUUCUGGCAAGAAAGAUGCAUGGGAUAUCAUGCAUGAAAGUGAUGUCCACAGCCAGUUAUAUGCUUUCAUUGACAAUUUCAACAACUCUUCCCUCCUCGCUGCGCUUGCUCAUACUCGUCCAACCCUUCGUGUCCUUGAGUUGGGAGCCGGUAAGGGCGUAUCAACCACGAGAAUAUUGAAAUCGUUGGGAUCCUCCUUUUCCAAAUACACAUUUUCCGAUGUGUCCUCAAGCUCAUUUCAAACAGCCAAAGAACAGUUCAAGGGUGUACCCAACAUCGAAUUUUCUGUUCUGGACAUCGGCAAAGACUUGGAGCAGCAAGGGUUUGCAGAAAGCCAAUAUGAUCUUGUUAUUGCUACAAACAUAGUUCACCAAACUGAAAGCCUGUCACGGAGCUUUGACAACCUCCGUGCCCUUCUUGUCCCCGAUGGCAGACUCAUACUUCAGGAGUUGUGCCCUUCGUCCCAAUGGAUCAAUUAUGUUCUUGGACUGCUGCCCAAGUGGUGGUCUACAGGUCGCGAUGGAGGGCCCUGUGAGCCUUACCUGGACAUUAAAGGGUGGGAAGAGGAACUGCAUCGGUCUGGAUUCUGCAAUAUUAUGGCCGUGCCUGAUGCAGACGAGCCAUUUCAACUCAGCGCGACUUUUGUGGCUAAACCCGAUUCAUCAAAGAGGCCGGUCAAGAAAGUUGCCCUACUAUGCACAGAACCGACAAGCAACUCUGAAUCAGUGGCGGAGGAACUUCAGAGGCGAAACUUCGAAGUCACCUUCUGUACACUUGACGACUCUCCUCCCACUGACAAAGACAUAAUCUCUCUUCUGGAUCAAGAAAGUUCGUUCUUUGCAACCUUAUCAGCAGAAGUUUUCGCCCGUCUCAAGAUUUUCCUUGGCUCUGUGACCAACGCAGGUAUCUUUUGGAUUACCCCUCUUACCUCUCUUCACUGCCAAAACCCACAGUAUGCUCAGACAUUGGGGUUUGCUCGAACAAUGCGCUCCGAGCUUGGAAUCGACUUCGCUGUAUGCGAAACGGAUACUAAUUUUGGUGAUCACCAUGUUCUCGAAGUAUUUGAGCAUUUUCAGCUUAGAGAUGAUAUCACAAGGUUACACAAAGACAUGGAAUAUAUAAUUCAUGAAGGAGAGGUCAAGGUUCCUCGUAUCCAUCCGUUCUCUCUCGGAGAAGCCUUGGUCACGUCUUCUGAAGAUGACCAUGUUAUCUUGACUACAAACAAGCCUGGUCGAUUGUCAGAUCUACAUUGGGCUUAUAAGCCAACUAAGUCGUUGGUCGGUGAUGAGGUCGAAAUCGAAGUAUAUUCAGUUGGGCUGAAUUCUCGAGAUGUCGCCAUUGCUACUGGGUCCCUAGAGGUUCCUGAGCUGGUCUUUGGACAAGAAGCAGCAGGUAUCAUCCGCCGAGCAGGCCCCGAGGUGCAAGAUUUCCAGAUUGGUGACCGUGUCAUGGUUGUGGGUCACUGUACUUGUGCAUCUGUGAUUGUGCAAUCAGAGGCACUUUGCAUCAAGCUUCCCGACAGCUUGACCUUCAAUGAAGGUGCCAUCCUGCCCAUCGUCUACUCCACUGCAUUCCACGCCUUGGUCAAUCUUGCGCGUCUCGCCAAAGAACAGUCAAUUUUGAUACAUUCUGGAGGCAGUGCCAUAGGCCUUGCUGCCAUUCAGAUUGCCUGCUCUCUCAAGGCCAAGAUCUUUGCAACCGUCGCUGACGAACAGCAAGCUUCACAUUUGAUCGAGAAUUUUGAUGUCCCGCGCUGCCAUAUAUUCCUGACUUCUGAUUCUAAAUUUCCAGAAGCGUUGUUGGAAGUUACAAGCGGUCAAGGCGUGGAUUUUGUUCUAAAUUCCCUCACCGGGGAGCUGGGGCGUGCAUCCUGGCUUUGCGUUGCCGAGUUUGGCAUGGUAAUUGAGACUGAAAAGGCCGAAAUCAGUGAAAGUCAGGUCCCUGCUCUUCAGGCCAACCGCAGCUACUGUCUUGUGGAUAUUGGCCACAUUCAGGCGAACAAGCCAGCGAUUAUGAAACAACUGCUCGCUGGUAUUUGUCAACUGUACUCCGAAGGGUUGAUUCGUCCCAUUCGGCCCAGAAAAAUCUUUAACGCCUCCCAAAUUCAAGAUGCCUUUGCCGAGCUCAAGGAUACCUCAACAGGUGACAUUGCUGUCGAAGUACGUGAAUCCAACACGGAUGGUUCCGUUGCAUUUGCCAUCAACGCAACCAAGAGGAAGAUUACUCCUCAAUUUGAUCCUUCAGCAUCUUACCUUUUGGUGGGAGGCCUCGGUGGCCUGGGACGGUCUGUCUCCACUUGGAUGGUUGAAAAUGGUGCAAAGAACAUGAUAUUUUUGUCGCGUAAUGCAGGCAAGGGACCCGAGGACAAGGCCUUUGUGAAUGAGCUCGUCACAAUGGGCUGCGCCGUUCAGUUGGUGCAGGGAAGUGUAUCUGAUCCGAAUGUUGUGGCGCGUGCUAUUCAGACGGCAUCUGCUCCUAUCAAGGGUAUCUUACAGAUGUCCAUGGUCCUGCGCGAUGAGUCGUUUUCCAAGAUGAGCUGGAACGAUUGGGACGCGGCUACCGCUCCUAAGACCGAGGGCACCUGGAACCUCCACAAUGCGACUCUCGCUGCAGGAAUCACCUUGGAUUUCUUUGUCAUGUUCAGUUCCAUCUCAGGUAUCAUUGGCCAACCGGGUCAAGCCAACUACGCCGGAGCCAAUACCUUCCUCGAUGCCUUCUGUAACUACCGUCAGCAGCAGGGUCUAGCCGCUUCAGUCAUUAAUUUCGGGCCAAUAGACGGUGUUGGUGUUUUGUCUCAAAAGGACGACCUCCUGCGCCAGAUGAAGGCUACUGGCUUCUAUUGUAUUGGCGGCAAAGAGGUCCUCGAUGGGGUAUUGGUGGCCACUACUCCAUCUACAGGCAGCCGGACCAGCUUCCUUCUGGGCUUCGACUCGACAAUUCCCCUUGACAGUGACAAGAACCGCCUUCCCUGGCGAAAUGACCCGCGUAUGGCCGCCUAUCACAACCGCAAAGGUGGCGUGGCAUCCGGCAGUGAGGCUUCUGGCAGUGAUGGGUUGAAGGGGCUUCUAAAUCGUGCACGUACUGACCCUAGCAUUCUGGAUUCACUCGAGGCAUUGGAAAUUUUGGCGCGGGAGAUCGGGUUGAAGGUGUUGAGAUUGCUCUCUAAGGCCGACGAUGAGCUCAAUACUAGUCUAGGCCUGGCAGACCUCGGCAUGGACUCCCUGGUAGCUAUCGAGAUGCGUAUGUGGUGGAAGCAAACCUUCCGUUUUGAUAUAAGUGUUUUGGAGAUGAUGGGCAAGGGGACACUGGAGGUGCUCGCCAAACAUGCAGCUGAUGGCAUAAGGCGGAGCUUCGAAUAAGCUUAUAAGACUCUACGAUAUUGCUGUGGCUUGCUGACAGUCUAUAACGAUGAUGAAAUGCAGUC